GUGGUAGAAUUAGGAAGCAUUGAUGAUCUCUUUGAAGGCUUAUAAAGUGUGAUUGUAGAAGAAUCCAGAAUUCUGGUUUGUUAUGAUGGAUGGAAAAUGGAAGGUGUCAAAGCAGAAGGAAGCAACAAGUUCCAAGUUCUCUCGGAGUUGCUCAACAAGAAGCAGCACCUCAAACUCUCCUCUUCUCAUGAGAAGCAUAUCACACAAGAGUUCCUCAUCUUCUUCCAAGUGCAAUAACAACAACAAUCUUCAAAGAAGCUUCUCGCAGAAGAACACGUCAUCCAUCGGUCGCAAAUGCACCAAUAUAGCCAAAGAACACAAAGCAAGGUUCUACAUCAUGAGGCGCUGUGUUGCCAUGUUAGUUUGCUGGCACAAGCAUGGUGACUCUUGAUUCUUCCAAAUUACUUUCACAAAUUUUGAAUCUCUUAUACAUUAUUAUAGAUACUAGAUUUCAUUAUUGCUUUGUAAUUAGUUAAUUAGCUGAGUUAUAAUGUGAUUUCUGAUUUGAACAACAUUCAUGGAAAUAUAUAUAGUUCAUACAUCAACUAUUAGAUUAUUAUUCUCUUC